AUCGCCGGCAGAGUCGGACGAUGACAUGGUUCUGGAUCUGGUGUGGGACGGGGACUCGCCCAGGGAUCACGACGCGCUCUCGCCGCUGCUGGUGGUCGGCGACGGUUCGGCUGACGACGACGACGACGAGCUGACCGGCUUUGCGUCGCGCGGACGCAGCUCCCGGUCCCGACGUUGUCACCCCACCCGCUGCCUCUCCUCGCGCCGCGGCAAGGGCAUAGCCUGCGCUGGCGCCGCGGUCCUUCUCCUCAUCAUCUACCUGAUUCUAGUUGCAGUCCAACUGGCGUCGCUGGCACGGCUCGAUGCAUCGGUGUCCGGCCAGGUCCGCGCCGACCAGUGCAGCGAUCCAGACGCCAUCCCAUUCGCGCUCGCGCUCACCCUCGACUCACCGUCUUGGUUUACUGCCAGCCUUGACGCCACCCGGGUCGACAUCCGAGCCGCAUCUUCGGGCACUGUCCUUGCCUCGGUCGCGCUCCCGCACACCACCAUCCGCUACGGCCGCCACACCGCGCCACUCGCAUCCAAACUCGCCUUUAAUCACCAGGCACUACAACAUGCCGCUGACUUGGCGUCGGUUCUGGCACGGCGUGCGUUCAAUGCGUCCUACGCCGCUGCCCACACGCCGCCGAGCCUCAUCCUCGACGCCAAGCUCACCAUCCGUGCCCCGGCACUGCUCAGCAUUCCGAUAUCGCACACUCUCCACCAAGCCGUCGUUCUCCAGCCACCGCCGCCGCCACCGUUGUCGCCCUCUGGCGCCGCCACCCAGCCACCGCCACCGCCCAUGAUCACCCUCACCGGUGCAGAGCUUGGUGAGAGCACUUUCUCGGCCCAUUUUAAGCUGCAUGCUCCGGCCACUAUCCAGCUGACGGUGCUGACGCCGCCGCUGGACGUUGUCGUAGCGGCAGGCGGCGCAGAUGGCACGGGCGGCCCGGACGACGCUCCCCAGCUUGUGGCCGUCCACGCUUCACCGACACGCUGGGGCGAGACAGCCAGCUUGCGCGGCCCGGCGCCGCUCCAGCUCGACCUAGAGGUCGCACGCACGCCAUCAGCCGCGACAGCGCUCUCGCAGCUGCUCGCCGACGUACUCCAGCCAUCAACCCACCGUGCGUAUGCUCCGGCCCUGGCGCUGAUCGGUGCCAAUCCAGGAACGGACGCCCCGUGUCUCUUGCAGACGCUCCUCAACCGACUUCAUCUCGACCUUCCCCAGUCGUCAGCCUUUGCACCGGAGCGCGACUGGCUCUCGCCUCUCAUCAACGGCUCAGCGUUGGACCCAUCUGUUGCUGACGGAACGACACACAACGCGCCGCUCGCCGGCAAGAUUCUGGACGUUCUGAUGGCAACCACCGACGGGUCAACGGUGGUUGUCCAGGCUCUGGUCAACGCUUCGGCCGUGACAGGCUCUUCCCUGGACGUCGGCAUCAUCGGAAUGCCAUCGUUCGAGGCCUCGCUCUACCUCACGCCAGGCGUUGACCUCCCGCCUACAGUCGUCGCUGACUUGCCGGGCGGAUUGGCUGCGCCACUGGGCACACUCAGGCUCUCAGCAGUUGCGACUAACGAGUUGAUUAGAGUCUCAGCAGCAGUUACCAUCGACUCGAUGCCGCUGCUUCAGGCUCUUGUGCUCCCUGCGCUCCCCCUGUGGGAGGUGGACGAUGUGCCGCAGCAUCUCUUCACCAACCCGCUCUUUGCCCUCCGCGAGUUUGCCGAUAGCCCGGACGGCCGUCCGCUGUACGGACUCGGCGCCCGGCUGGUGCCGUCAGCAUCGCCGCAGGCCUCGAUCUGGUCGCGUCUCGCGACAGAGUUGCGCUUGGAGGGGCUUGCACCUUCGGCGACGUGGUUUGCCGAGCUUCCGCCGCCGCCACCGGGUGCACCGCCGCUGUUUGAGAUUGCCUCGACGGUGGCGACCAUUGACGGACCGCUGCUGAGCGGAACCGCAACAUGCCGCCUCGCGAUCCCGCACGUGCUCGAUGGCGUGGUUGUUCGCGCCGCGCUCCCUCAGAUGGACGCUGCAGUGGUGGCGACGUCGGAUGAGAGCCUGGCACCGAGCCUGGCACCGGCGCUGCACGGCCGGUCUGACGCGGACGUGGUUGUACUCUCGACCGGACCGGUGUCUGUUCACGGCGCAGUUGACGUGGUUUCGUCGACGAUGGCGGCGUCGGCGCUCUCGCAGUGGAUGGGCGGCGGCAUUGUGCCUGUCUUUGCACGAGUCGCCCACUCUGCCCCGGGUCAUCUCCCAUCUGUCUUCCACGCCCUCCUCUCGGGUAUUCGGUGGCGAUACACGUUGGGCAGCGCGAGCUCGCUGUACGAGCUGCGAAAGGUUUACGUGGCGCCGAUUACGGACAUUGCCAUCGUGACACUCAAGCCACAGCUCUGGCUCGGCCUCGAGUGGUUGCAUCUCUCGCUGACGGUGCCGGGUGUGACCGACCUUCCGGUCUGGCUGGUCGAUGCCGAUGCAGAGGUGGCGCAGAUUGCGUGGUCGGCCUUCACCGUUGCGUCCGACGCAGUCAACACCAUGGACAUCUAUGCGUUUGCCUCCAACGUACCGCUGCUUGGCGAAGCUGUGGCCAGCCUCGAUCUCGAGGUCGUUGUCCGCCCGCCGCCGACCACUGCCGCCGACUCGUUUAUCACCGCCCUGCUCGCCGGCGUGCGGGUGGACCCGGUCCAGUCCGGGAGCGGCGACGGGCUCGCAUCCCUGGUCGACGACAUUGUGUUUGCCGGCGCUGACCCUGCGAGUCCGGCAUCAUCGUUUGUAGUCACCUCGGGCCUCGUCCUUUCCAACAACGUGGUCGAGAUGACUGUGCCACCGGUUGCGCUGCGCGUUGUCGCUAGCGGGGCGAGCGGCGGUGCACGCGGGACGCUGCUCACUCUUGCAUCGGCGCCGAUUGCGAUCCAGACUGGGCAAGAUAAGGUGAGCCUUAUCGGGCGUGUGGCACCAACGCGUAACGCGACGCUUCUGCGCGAGCUCGGGAGCGAGGUGCUGAAGCUUGGCAACGGCGAGGCUGCUGCUGGGCUGACGGCCGAGGUUCAGUUUGGCGUCGACGCGCUCGGGGCCGAGUCGUCAAACCUGCUCGCUCGCAUCCUGUCCGGCGCGUCGUUCAAGAUGUACUGGAACGCGAGCGCGGUGAGCGGAGGAAGUAGCGGACUUGGACGCAAUGUCAGCUUUGAGGUGGUAGCGUCGGACGUGGACUUUGUUCAGGCACGAAUGCGAGUGCCUGUAGCGCUUCCGGCGGCACUGCCCGACGUGGAGCUUGGACUCCCGUCGAUGGCGUUUCGGUACUCGGGGGCGUCGGUCGGCUCGGUGAGCCUCAGCACCAACGUGCUGCGUGGCGGCGGGCGGACAACGUUUGUGGAGAUGGAGGGGGUAGUGAGCGCCGAGGCGUCGCGUGUGGCGCUGGAGGGUCUCAUCAACAAGGCGACGGCCGGCAAGGACGACGUGGCGCUUGACGUCGACGUGGUGCUCGCACCAGGUACGCAGGCUCCGGCCGCGGCCGCGUUCACGGCCCACUAUCCGUUUGUGUUUCCGGCACGGGCUUCGCUCGCCGGGGCGAGCGCGGUCGACGGCAUGAACUCUGUGGUACAGUGCACGGAGCUGGUUGACCUCGACUUUGGGUACUUUGCGAUCCUGGAGGGCAAGUGCGAGUUUACGGCGCGGGUGGCCAUCUACAUCCACAACCCAUCGCCGUUGCGGGUGACGGUGAGCUCGCUGGCGUUUGAUGUGUGGUACGACAACCCGCACGGGGUGUGCCUCGGCUCGAUGUGCAUCUACUCGCCGGCGUCGAACCUGUUCCUCACCCACGUCGACGAUCCGUCGUCGGCGUCGAGUCCAGCCGAGCUGCCAACCGAGCUGGUACCCGGCGCGGUGGCGGUGACCGAGAUGGUGCUGGCACCGUCGUCGGUGGAGAUGUGCCUCCGCGUCGGCAACGAGUACGAGCGCAACGACCACCAGUUCCACAUCCACGUCACCAACGGCGUCGGCGUGGUCCAUGUCGAGAACAUGGUUCUGCACCUCGCAUUCGAGCUCCCCGACUACGUCGUUCGCAACGCGCCGUCGCCGCCGUGCACGGCGUAGGCCGGACUCUUCGUCUAGAUCCAAUAACACACCAUGAACACAAACACAUACA